AUGGAGUCCAAAUUUAAGAUCAAUGGGACGGCAGUUACUGAGUUCAUUCUUCUGGGCUUGGUAGAGACAGCAGGACUGCAGCCAGUCAUCUUUGUGAUCUUCUUCUUUGCCUACCUGCUCACAGUUGGGGGCAACCUAAGCAUCCUGGCAGCUGUCUUGGUGGAACCCAAACUCCACACUCCCAUGUACUUCUUCCUGGGGAAUCUGUCCAUGCUGGAUGUGGGGUGCAUCAGCGUCACUGUCCCAUCAAUGUUGGGUCGUCUCUUGUCCCACAAGCGUACAAUUCCAUAUGGAGCCUGCCUCACACAGCUCUUCUUCUUCCAUCAGCUGGCUGGGGUUGACUGCUUCCUGUUGACAGCCAUGGCUUAUGACCGGUUCCUGGCCAUCUGUCGGCCCCUCACCUACAGCACCCGCAUGAACCACACAGUCCAGAGGAUCUUGGUGGCCACGUCCUGGGCUUGUGCCUUCAGCAAUGCACUGACCCACACUGUGGCCAUAUCCACACUCAACUUCUGUGGCCCCAAUGUGAUCAAUCACUUCUACUGUGACCUGCCCCAGCUCUUCCAGCUGUCCUGCUCCAGCACCCAGCUCAAUGAGCUGCUGCUCUUUGGUCUGGGUGUCCUCAUGGCUGGUGCACCUGUGAUUCUCAUUGUCACCUCUUACAUCCAUGUGGCAGCUGCAGUUUUGAGAAUCCGAUCUUCUGAGGGCAGGAAGAAAGCCUUCUCCACAUGUGGCUCCCAUCUCACUGUGGUGGGCAUCUUCUAUGGGACAGGUGUCUUCAGCUACAUGAGGUUGGGUUCAGUGGAGGCUUCUGACAAGGACAAGGGCAUUGGUAUCCUUAACACUGUCAUCAGUCCCAUGCUGAACCCGCUCAUCUACAGCCUUCGGAACCCUGAUGUACAGGGUGCCCUGAGGAGGGUGCUGACAGGGAAGCGAGACAUGGCAUGAGGGUGCUCAGGAAGUCAGAACACAGUGCAAACUGGGCAUGGUUGUGCACACUUAUAGUCCCAGCACUUGAGA